AUGAGACCUACAGGUGAGGGCACGAAGCAAAAACCACCUGACGAGGUUGCACCACGAUCGGGUGAAUUGUCAUUAUCAUCAGGAAGCGAAGAAUCGCUGAUAUUGUCAAGAGAAAGCAAGAGGGAGGUGGCAGGAGUCAGAUCUACAGAGAACAAGACAGAGAAAUGGGCAAAUGAGCUGACAGUAAUAAUGAUGGAGAAACAGAAGAUGAUGAAUAAGGGAGAAUCACAACUAGACAAUGAGAAUUGCAUCACGUAUCCAUCGUCAAAACCACUCGACGGAAAUCUAGUGAGGGGAUCGGGGCACAUGGAGACAUCAUGA